AUAAGAUAAUGAUAAAACUAAAAAAAAAUAUAUGAUGUACAUUACCAUGCAAACUUCCACCGAAAAUUGGUUUGAACGAGAUCUAGUAAGUAGUUUUUUUUAAUACGCCAUAAAUGGUACGGAGCUCUUCAUGGGCGAGUUCGACUCGCACUUGGCCGCUUUUUUUCUUGUUCCUGUAUGUUUGUGGUUUUAAAAAUACAUGGCUAUACCUACUAAUGAGUUAAUUGCUAGUAGGUAUAGAAUAGAUAUCAAAGGGUAAUUGCUAGUAGCUAUAGGGAGUGUGCAUGAACUGUAGGAGGCAGCACAGGAGCCGUCAGAUUUUUGGCGCGAGGCGUAAAUGUGAUGUUUUUUGUUCCGAUGUAGCCCACAAGAUGGCAGAACAUACUAUGCACAAGAAAACACGUGACGUGUACAUGUGCAUGUUUAUGGUUCCGAUUCAGGCCACAAGAUGGCAGACCCUCUAACGCGCACGGUCCCUAUAGGAUAGACAGCGAACAGAUAGUCUUUAGGUAGAAUAAAUACAAAAAAUACAGAUGCUAAUUUGUUAGCUAUUUAGGCGGUUUGUUUCUAGUGUACGAGUAUAUGUACAACCCACAAAGCUUCAGAUUAUGGUCAAUAUUUGAACUUGACGUUUCGACACACAUUACGAGUGUGUAUCUUCUCCUUCAAAUGAGAAUUAGUUGGUUUUCUUGAUUAUCUGUCUGCCUCACUUUGCUGAAUGUCAUUGUCAGAUAUAUUAUAUUAUAAAUUAUAUGGUGUAUUGAUAUUACGGAUAAUAUAUAAGAAGAUAAAUUUAACCUGACCAGUAUGCCUUAAUAGGGUAUCUUAUUGGCUCGAUAUUUACGAGGAAGCUGCAAUUAUAAAGCAUUAAUACAUGUAGAGAAUGAUUGAGUUUUUUUUAAAUGUCAUAUCACGUCAUGCCACAAUUAAGUGACCGUCAACACAGUAAAAGAAAGAAAGUAAUAGUUCCAAGGUGAUUAUUGCAAUAAAUCAUCUUUAAUUUAAUUCUAACUAUAAGAAUAAUUGUAACCAAGUAUUCUGCCCGGGGACAGAUGUUUAACGACGCUGGCUGGGCUUUAAUAAUCCGAAAAUCGUCUGGUGAAUGUGAUCGAGCGUACAGACAAUGAAUGGAUGAGUUAUCUGCGUCCACAGGCGUCACAAUGCCGUGUCCAGCGCUUCCUUGAACCCGACGUAACGCGAGUGGCUCCGUGCUCACUCUGCCAUAAGCAAUUAGGCAUGCAUCGUCCAUGCGCCCUCCCCUCGGGCUUCGGUUUUGCAGUCUAUAUAAGAAUUCGACACCGAUUCCUUGUCAUCUGUGUGUCUGUGACUGCAGUGCUGUGUUGUGUACCGGGCAAACAAACAAGCCAAGAAACCAGAGAAAUGCAGUCGUCCACGAUCAUCGUUCUCGCGUGCCUGGUGGCCGUAGUGGUGGCGGGGGCCCACUAUGAGCGAUACCCGGCAGUGGACGCGCUCCGAGAACCCGAACAGGUCCAUGAGGUUCUUUACGACACCCCCGAGCUUGAGAGGAGCCACAGGACCAAAAGGGGCCUUCUACUCUUGAAGAAGAAAUUGCUGCUUGGUGCCCUUGGGCUGAAGGCGGCUAAGAUCGGCGCGGUCGGCGCGGGAGUUGCCGGUGCCAUCGCGCUCAAGAGCAAGCACAAGUCAGUACCGACCACCGUCAGCGUCGUCAGCGCUGCUCAACACGGCCAUUCGUAUUCGUAUAACAGCCAUGCCCCCUCAUAUGACGUAGAAGUACAUAGCUGGUCUGGUUAGUCGCGCCGUGCGAGUUUUCUGAUGUCGCCUCAAGCGUACUUCAGAAGAACGAGAAGAGCGUCACUUAAGUAUUUGUUAAGAUUGUGUACAUUUUGUGUUGUUGGUUGGAAAAUGAGUAUUUUCAAUGAGUAUUAAGUUUGUCGUCGAUUUGUGAUAGUGCUCUAAAGUUGAACCGUGGUUGUAUCAUAAGCGACGUAACCCAAAAUUUGGUAGAACAUUUUUUUUGUUGCUCAUUGUACAAUUCAUAGUUCUGAGAAAGUAUCGUUGAAAUGUUGUUUCUGCCAUAUUAUCUGAAAAUAAGUUUUAAAUUUUAUAAGCUGGUCGAACUGACUGAUAAGAACUUAUCACCAGGCUAUAACUCUUUAUAAUUAGUUAGAAUUUUAGGCGUUUUCUAUAAUAUUUAUAGUAAAACGUGGAGCGUCUAGUAAUUUAGUGUUAGAAUUUGUUUCAAUAUAUAAUUUCAUUAUA